AAUCAAUUUUGAGAAACUGUCAAAAUAAAAAAUAUUUUGAAUAUUUAAAUCUGUAAAUUAAAAAUUAUUCAAGAAAUGUUUCUUAUAUCAAUAUGAUAUAUAUAUAUAAAUAAAAAUCUAGUGUAAAACCACUUGUAUUCGCGUUUGCGCAUUUUAUUGCAUAUAUAUAGGUAUAUACAAAUUUAUUCUCACGAGUGACGUCACGACUUUAUAGGGCAUAUUGUUUAUAAAUUGGAUGCUGUAUUCGACUAAAAUUAGUGAUAAUACGAAAAUGUGAAGAAAAAUUGUGAUACUUUGAAUAAUCGAAAUUUUUAAGUAAAAUUCAUGUUUCUCGAUAAUAUCUAUAUUCUUCAGAGAAAAUGGAAUAUAAAUUGAAUUAUACGAACAACAUAAGCAUAUGUCUACUCAUAAAUCUUGUGUCUUUGCACUAAUUACAUUAUUUUUAUAAUGUCUUUAAACUGCAACAAACGAGUGUAAAUCUCACAAUACAUUUAUUGGAAAUGUGCUGAGUGAUAAAAAACAAUUUUGACAAAAAUUUUUUUCCUGAGUCGAAAAAAACAUGGACAAUUCUUCCGACUCAUCAAAUUGUGAAUUCGAUUCCAUAAAAUCUGGAGAAUCACUGAUGCAUUUAAUUGACGAUGAAUUACAUUCACAUUGUUCGAUUUCCAAUUUAUUAUCAAAUGUUGUUGACGACGAAUCAAUUAAUAAGCGUGCCACUUCCCUUGAAUUGGCAAAUGAACGUCUUCGCAUUGAUAUGGAGAAUCUGCGAAUAGAAUUAAAUACAAAAAUUGCUGCCAAUCAAGGUUUAAAGGAUAAAAUAACAGUGCUUUAUGUCGAUGCACAAGCAUCAUUGCAAGAAAAACGAAAAUUGGAAAUUAAUUUAAAAAAUCUUGAAAGUCAAUUAUUAAUUUCUGAAAAUUCAACAAAAUGGUAUCAAAAACAAUUACAUCAAGUUGAGGCAAGUAAAAAAACAUUACAAAUUGAAGUUGAAACUUAUCAAGAAAUGUUAAAACAGAAACAACAAUUGGUGGCAAAUAUUAUUUUAAAAUGUUCACAAUUAAAUAAUGAAUAUGCAAAUUUAGUUACGAAAUAUAAAGAGGAAAAGAAUUAUUUACAAAAUGAAAUUAAUAAUCAACAAUUAAAUAUAAAAAAGAAGGAUUUUAUGGAAAUUAUUUCUACUGAAAAUCAAGAUGAUAAUUCAAUGAAAUUAGAAACAAUAGAAGAGGAAUUACGUGUAACGAAAGUACAACAACGUGAUUUGGAGGAAAAACUUUUAAAUUCUGAGGCUAAAAAAACAUGUAUGGAAAAUACAUUUUUAAAACAAUGUUCAAUAAUUUCAUCAAUGGAUGAUAAUCAACAGAGGCUUGUUAGUGAGAAAAAUGAAUUGGAAUUACAUUUAAGAGAGAUGAAUAUUGAAAUUGAGAAAUUUAAAUCAAAUCAAAAUACUGCUGAAUUGGCUUUGACAAUAUCGAAGCAAAAUCAAAUUCAAGUAGAGGAGGCAAUUUCUGAAUUGCAAAUUCAACUUUCAAAAAUGUUAACGCAAUAUAAACAUGUUAAAACAAGAAAUUUGGAUCUUGAGGAGAAAGUUACUUUGAUGCAAGAGGCUUUAGAUGAGAGCAAAAGGCUCAAGUUACUUUCUUUCAAUGCGAAUAGUUCACUUUUGCAAAAAUUAAAAAAAGAAAAGCAAAAAGUCAAAAAGUUUGAGUGUUUGCUGAAUAAAAAGCAGAAUAUUCAAAGGCCGGAUGAGGAAAAUAAAACAGACAAUUCUGUGGAAAAUUGUCUUCAACAAGCCCUUAAUAAAAACAAGGAGUUAAAGGAACAAUUAAAAUCAAUAACGAGAGUUUCAGAAGAAAGUGUUGACGAGGGUUACGGGGAUGGAACAUCAUUGGGACCCACGGCAAAUUUACCAUCAUCUCCGGCACUUAAUCCAGUAUUAUUAUUAAAAAUUAAUGACAUUCUUUACAAAAGUAAACAUUUAAUGAAUCCAAUUCAAACGGGAGUCAAUGAAUUACAAAUGAAAAUCGAAAAAUUCAAGGAGGAACAAAAUUCCAAAAUUCUUCUUCCCUCGACAAAUUUUUAUAAUAAUCGAUCAAUUUCAACAAUCUCGUCUCCUAAUAACACCAGAACUUUAGUAUAAAAAAAUAGCAAUUUUAUUCUAAUUUAUUAUCUUUCUCUGUGACUGAAGUAAUUUUUUUUUUUCCAAUGAUUUUAAGAUAUUCAAGGAAAAUUAAAAUUUGAAUUUUUAAUUUAAAAUCCUCUAAUUAAUUUCAAGAUUAAAGUUAAAAAGAAAUUUCCUCCGUAAUCAUUGUUAAUAGUUUAAUUAUUUUUAAAUAAAUAUUGAAACUAAAAAACUUUUCAAAUGAUAAAAGUAAAAAGAAAAAAUUGUUACAGUUACAGAUUUUUUUUAUUUUUUCGUUGUUUUGCAUGUUGUAGAGAAAAAUUAACUUAUUUAGAUUGCAAUUGUUAUUUAAAAUAAUUUCCAUUUCUAGAUGCGUAUAAUCAAAGAGUAAUAUAUAUAUUAUAUAUAGAUAAAUUUUAGACCUAUAUGUCAUGUGAUAGUUUAAAUUAUUUUUUCUAAUUAAUUAAUCAAAAAUAUGUUUUUUUUAAAAAGAAAGAAAUAGAUUCUUUACACGUAGAAGUUUUUUUUUCUUCUAAUUCUUAAGAAUCUUAUUGUUGAUAAUCAUGUGUCAAAUGUAGAUAUAUUUAAUAGAUAUUAGAAAUUAUUAUAGAUUUAUAAUAUAAACAUACGAAAGGGUAUUAUUUUUGAAAGUGAUUCGCGGUCAAAAAUUGUAAUUACAUUGAAGAGUGUUUUUGCAUAUUUUUAAAAUUCAUUAUAGAAAAUACAAAUUAGUAUAUAAAAAUAAAAUUAAUAUACCUUUAGAAUUAAAAACAAUCUUAUAUUAAAAAAAAAAAAUAAAUAAAUCUUAAGUAGAAUUUUAUGUUUAAAAAAUUAGAAUAGAUUUUUAUUAAUUUUCACAUUGUGUACUUAUAUCAGUAUUUUUUUUCGCAAAGAUGUAAAGAUUUAAUAUAAAUUUAAUUCAAAAGUUUUGAUAAUAACUAAUUUUGUCUACAAAAUCAAAAUUUGUAAUUAAAUUUUUUUUUUUCUAACACUUUAAUAACCAAAGAAUCAGAAACAUAAAAAAUUCCAUAAAAUUGCUUUCAUUUCGUUUACUUGGGGAAUUAAAAAUAGAAAAUUAUCUUAGUUUUGUUCCGCUGCAAUUAAGUUAAUAAAAUAAUAAUCUUAUGCGUAAAGAUUGAAUUUGAAAAAAUGCUACAAAAAAAAAAAGAAGUGAAUAUGUAUAAUAUUUUUUUAUUUUAAGUAAAGUUUUACAGAAUUCGAUUUUGCCACAUUAAAAGGCAAAAAAAAAAAAAAACACACACACACAGUGAUUUAAAAAUUUAUAAAUGUUUUGUAAUUAUAUAUUAUUUAAUAUUUAUUGUGCAAUCCAAAAAGCAGUAUUCAAUGAGGAAAAAAUUUGUUAAUAAAGUCAUUUUUCUGUAAAAA